UAUUAAUUAUGUUGUUUCUAAGCAAAUUAUAAAGAUUUUGUCAAAUACCAAUAUAUGGUUGUAAAUUUGUGCUGAAAAAAGAUUGGAAGAUCAUAAAAGAUAAUACUAAUUGGAAAAUGUAUAUGGAUGAUCUAAAUAUCAAUUCAGAUACUUUGUAUUAAUCUAGUAGCAAAGAUUUACUAAGAGCAGUCAGAGAAAAUCCUGAUAAUGAAUUUUACGCAAAAACAAUAGGACAACUUCUAUAUCAUAUGGGAAAAGACGGUACAUAUGAUGAAGCUGUCAUUAAAAAGAUAGAAAAAUGUCUUUAUAAAUUUAAGGGGGAAUUUCCUAAAAGAUUAGCUUUUGGAGCUUUUUAUGGAUUUUUAUCUCUUUCUAUAGACAAUCAAUAUUUGCAUGAUUUCUUUGAUGCUGAAUUUCGUAUGCAUCAAAGAAAAAGAAAAAAUUGGUAUGAAGCUAUUGAAUUGAUAGAGGCUUGUGGAAAGAAUAAAAAUCUAUCAAGAAAAUAUCUUCAUGAUUUUAUGAGAUCAUAAUGUCAUAAUUGUAUUAUUAGAUAAUACAGGAAACAUCUAAAAUAUUAACCAGAUUAAUAAUUAAGAUUAUUGAAUGCUUGUAUAAGUGCUAAAUAUUUUGAACCUGAUAUGUUUGAUAAUCUUGUAAAGGAUAUUGUUAAAUAAUAAAAAAUAUCUAGAUUACCAGAUUUAAUUAAAUUGUUAAACACCCUUACAAAAUUAUAAAAUGAAGGAGAUUUUCCAAGAUCAAUUUAAAAAGAAAUAGAUCAUUUAAUUAAUAGAAUAAAAACAACACCAAAAUUUGCUUGGUUAUAUAAUGUAGAGGAAAGACGUUAUAGAACUAUGGAAGAACUUAAAGCUGUAAGAGAAAAUGCUCCUUAAUAAUUUAUAGGACAUCAUCUUUAUUAACCAGAAAUGUUAGAAUAAUAUUUGAAAUCAAAAGCUUUAGGAAAUAAUGAAGCAGUUUAAAGAGAAAAAAGAUUGAUUUAAGAGAAAUAAUUAGAUGAUUUAUUAUAUGAUGAAUUUAUGCUUAAUAAAGUUGAAUAAUAGAGGAAUAAAGAAUAAUAAUUAAAAGAUAAUAGAAAAGGUAUGAAGGAUGAAGAUGGUCAAGAUGAAGAUGAAGAAAUUGAUAAUGAAUUAACUGAAGAAGAAAGAAAAGAUUGUAAUCAAUUAUAUUUUUAUUUUAGUACUUACUGAUUUUUAAAAGAAACAUUUUGAAUCAUUAGAUAUGGAAACUGUUAAUCCAGAUGAUCUACCUCCAGAAUGGUUUAUGGAUAAUAAUUAAUCAAAGGACAAUGAUUUUGAUGAAAUGGAUGAAAGAAUUAAGUAAGCUGCUGAAGAAAAAUCUCAAUCUGCUAAAAAUAAAGAAAUUAAGAAAAGAAAGGGAAGAAGUGGUAAAGGAGAUAUUUUUGAUGCUAUAGAGUGAAUUUUAUCAUAUAAAAUAAAAU